AUGGAAGAGUUGCAGGCGCGGCAUAAGAAGGAGCUGCGCGAUCUGCAGAGUCGCAUCACGCAGAAGAAGAAGCAAGCGAGCAAGAAGACUCGCAAGGCAGUGAACGAUGAAUGCGACCAGCUGGAGCGCGAUGUGAAGGCCAACCAGGCGCGAGAGAUGGCGGAGCUGCAUGGCGAGGCACCGGCGAGUGCUGAGCCGUCUGCUGAAGAGCUGGAGAAGCUCACGCUGCAAAUCGACGACGACGACGACGAGCCUGCCACUGCUACCGAUGCGCCCGAAGAACACGCUCUAGACGAUGAAACCGCUUCUACUCCUACCACUGCAGCGGGAGGCGGCAAGAAGCGUAACCGUCAAAAAGACCGACUGGCACGGCGUGCAGCAGAACAGGAGGAGCUGGCGCGUCAAGCAGCAGAAGAGGCGGCAAAUCUGCCUGACAUGAAGACGCAGGAGCGCACGCGGAUGCUGGAGUCGAUGAAAGAGCACAAACUGGUCGAGAAGGAGAUUCGCGCAGACGGACACUGUCUGUACUCUGCCAUUGCAGACCAGCUCGAGCAACUGGACAUUCCACUCGGCUCCGCACCAGGCGACCAACCUGCUGUCGCUCCGUAUAAGCUUGUCAGAGCCAAGGCUGCAGACUACAUCCAGGAGCAUCAAGAUGACUUUGUGCCGUUCUUGGAGGAACCACUGACUGAGUACGUGCACAAAGUACGGGACACGGGAGAAUGGGGUGGCCAGCUGGAGCUCAUGGCGCUCGCAAAAACCUACGGCACCAAUAUCAGCGUACUACAAGACUUUGGACGUGUCGAGAAGAUUGAAGGUGCCGACCGUAAGGAUGCGAAGACCAUAUGGCUGGGAUACUACAAGCAUGGCUUUGGACUCGGAGAGCACUAUAACAGCUUGCGGACCGCGCCUUGAAGUGAUGUAGUAGUAACACUGUCAGAUUUCCCACGGAGCGCCCGUCUAUGCUAUUAUACAGCUUUCUGAGUAGGUAUCCUACCAUCUCUGAUCUUCCUCCGACUCUGGACAAAAGACGACUGCUGCAAGCAAAGUGGCAGGCCUGUCUCGAGGGGCACACUGGAACUAGAUCUCAGCCUACCAUGCUGAGCUCUUUGACCGAGUCCGUAAUGAGAGGUACUUGUGGAGUGAGCACGAAAUCCACAAUCAACAGCCAGUGCAGGAUCAAACAGACCCAGUGAGCGACUCUGGUUGGAACUUUUCACACAAGCUCGCUAAGAGGCGUCUCAUCACAACCCAGAGCAGCGUUGAGAGUCCAUGUACAUGUGUAUCUGCGAGCUCAAAGCAUACCGUACGAAUGAUUACAGCGGGGUGAUGCGACCAGAGCAAACCAUCCCUACCGGUACCUUACCUAUGGAGGUACUAGCUCCACGAUGUUGGCGAACAUUUCGAGCUCCGGCUCGAGCGCAUGUAUACUAAGGUAUAAGAAAGAUAUAUCUGGUCAUCUUAUCCGAAUGCAGCCAGCAUGGGGCACAUUUCCCAUCGAGCGCUUAGUUCAAUCAAACAUGGACUUUUGGAUUUUUCUUGGACCUUAGGCUUAAGGUCGAAGUUGAAGCCACCCUUUAUACAUAUAAUUACCUCGAUGAUCUAUUCC